GUUAAUGUGUGAAACUGUGAGAUAUGAGAGACACGAAGCAAAUGAAGUUUUAUACUAGUAGGUGUUUCCUUUUUGUUUGUACAAUGUAUCUAAUCCAGUGACUAAAUUUUCUUAAAGUAUCAAAUAUUAGUAACAGCUGGCUAAGUCAGCACUAACUUAUUUUUCUUAGUUGAGAAAUGGGAAACAUUUUAUCUGUUUCCUGUCAUAAAAUAAAAGUUUACAGUUCUUUCCUCAUAAGUUCACAUUUGUGUCUAUAUUUGUAUCUCACAUGUGGGUCAAAGAUACUAUUUCAUAUUGUAGAGUAUUUGACAUUUUUAUUAUGAAAUAAGAAAUAGUAUACAGUUUUUCUAACGGAACAAAACAUAUUCCCACAGCCACACCAGAUGCAAUGUGAAGAUAGCAUAAAGGCGGUAUUUUAGUUUAUACUUCUUUCAGAAACAGGAAAAUAAGCCGCCCCCAUGUCUUUGGGUAUAAUUUCAUCUUUAGAUAAUAUUAAUAUUCCUUUCAAGAUGUGCAACAUAUUGCUUAAGAAAAGACAGCCUUAUAUAUCUUAUCUACUAUAUAAAGAAUAUAUAGUAGAUAAAUAUUGGCAUAUUAACAUAAAUUAUGAUUUACUAGACAUUUUGUUUAAGUAAUGUUUGCCAUGAGUGUUGUUCUGUUGACUGGUUUUCAAAGCACUUAUUUAAAAAUUACUACCUUCUAGACUUAUUAUAGGGGAUAUUUAUUCAAAUAAAUAAGUCCCAGCUUCUGCCGUUAAGGAGCUCAUAGUCUGUUGAGGGAGGUAGAAAUAGAAUACAAGGAAAACAACAACAACAGAAACAAACAAAGCAAAAUAAUUGUGGGAAUGUAGCUAUGUUCCAAGGGUGGAGGGAGCGCCUGAAGGAAAUGAGGAGAGCCUCAGCAAAGGGGCUGUGGAACCAGGUCUCAAAGGUGUGUCCAGGAGGCUGCAGAGACUUCUUAGGCAGAAGGAACAGUAUGUGCUGGGACGCAGAGAGGUGAUGGGGCCCGGCCUGAUGUUUUGAACAUCAUGGCAAGCUUAGUGUGACUGGCCUGUGGUGUGGGUCAGGGUGGUAAGUCAAGAGAAGACGCAGUCUACAGUCAUACUUGGUCAAAAACGUGUUGUUCAGAAAACGACCUGGAUCCUUCAGGCAGUUCAGGUCCUGGGUUCUUCAGGAGAUGUUUUUCCCUCCUAAAUAACAUGUUAUGGAAAAUUACAGACACAAUAUUUGACACAGUGGUAUCACAGACCCCCAAAUACUCAUUGCCCAACAUGGCAAACCCAUGGCCAAUUGUGUUUUCAUUUCUUAAUCUCCCCUUCCAGCUCCAACUGGAUGAUUUUGAAGUAAAUCCCAGACAGCACAGUUCAUCCAUAAUUAUUAUGAUACGUAUCUCUAAAAGAUAGUGACUAUAAAAAACCUUAAACACAAGAUUAUCAAGUCUUUAAAAAUAACUCUUUAAUAUCAUGAAAAUAUUCAAAGUUUUUGUCUCAAUUUUUUUUUUACAGCUUAUUUGAAUCAAAAUCUAAAGUUUAUUCAUUGUGAUUGUUGAUUUUCUUUAAGCCUCUCUUAAUAGUAGCUUGGAGGCUGGUUUUCAUGCAGCAAAAUGAUGUGAUCACAUGUCUCCCAACACUCCCUGUCUACCUGUUCCCUCAAAGCCCCGAUGAUAUUGGGACCUGCUGGUAUAUCCUUCUUUCUGGUUCCGUGUUCAUCAAGGAAUCCAUGUUUCUUCCAAGAAGCAGUUUUGGCAAGCGUUCUGCAGGAAGUUUUAGGCGUGGCUGUGAAUGCAUUGUUUUAGAGCCUUCUGAAAUGAUUGUGGUGGACUAUAUGGAUGAAAAUGAAGAAUAUUUUCAGCGUCAAGCUUCCCAUAGACAGUCUCGAAGGAGAUUUAGAAAAAUCAAUCAGAAAGGUGAAAGACAAACAAUUAUUGACACUGUGGAUCCUUAUCCCAUGGGCAAACCUCCUUUGCCUAGAGGCUAUCACACGGAAUGCACUAAAUCUCAGCUUCCUGCAGAUUUCACAAAACUGCAUCUUACUGACAGUCUCCACCCACAGGUGACCCACGUUUCUUCUAGCCAUUCAGGAUGUAGUAUCACUAGUGAUUCUGGGAGCAGCAGUCUUUCUGAUAUCUACCAGGCCACAGAAAGCGAGGCUGGUGAUAUGGACCUGAGUGGGUUGCCAGAAACAGCAGUGGAUUCCGAGGACGACGAUGAUGAAGAAGACAUUGAGAGAGCGUCAGAUCCUCUGAUGAGUAGAGACAUUGUGAGAGACUGCCUAGAGAAGGACCCAAUUGACCGGACAGAUGAUGACAUUGAACAACUCUUGGAAUUUAUGCACCAGUUGCCUGCUUUUGCCAAUAUGACAAUGUCAGUGAGGCGAGAACUCUGUGCUGUGAUGGUGUUCGCAGUGGUGGAAAGAGCGGGGACCAUAGUGUUAAAUGAUGGUGAAGAGCUGGACUCCUGGUCAGUGAUUCUCAAUGGAUCUGUGGAGGUGACUUAUCCAGAUGGAAAAGCAGAAAUACUGUGUAUGGGAAAUAGUUUUGGUGUUUCUCCUACCAUGGACAAAGAAUACAUGAAAGGAGUGAUGAGAACAAAGGUGGAUGACUGCCAGUUUGUCUGCAUAGCCCAGCAAGAUUACUGCCGUAUUCUCAACCAAGUAGAAAAGAACAUGCAAAAAGUUGAAGAGGAAGGAGAGAUUGUUAUGGUGAAAGAACACCGGGAACUUGAUCGAACUGGAACAAGAAAGGGACACAUUGUCAUCAAGGGUACCUCAGAAAGGUUAACAAUGCAUUUGGUGGAAGAGCAUUCAGUAGUAGAUCCAACAUUCAUAGAAGACUUUCUGUUGACCUAUAGGACUUUUCUUUCUAGCCCAAUGGAAGUGGGCAAAAAGUUAUUGGAGUGGUUUAAUGACCCGAGCCUCAGGGAUAAGGUUACACGGGUAGUAUUAUUGUGGGUAAAUAAUCACUUCAAUGACUUUGAAGGAGAUCCUGCAAUGACUCGAUUUUUAGAAGAAUUUGAAAACAAUCUGGAAAGAGAGAAAAUGGGUGGACACCUAAGGCUGUUGAAUAUUGCAUGUGCUGCUAAAGCAAAAAGAAGAUUGAUGACGUUAACAAAACCAUCCCGAGAAGCUCCUUUGCCUUUUAUCUUACUUGGAGGCUCUGAGAAGGGAUUUGGAAUCUUUGUUGACAGUGUAGAUUCAGGUAGCAAAGCAACUGAAGCAGGCUUGAAACGGGGGGAUCAGAUAUUAGAAGUAAAUGGCCAAAACUUUGAAAACAUUCAGCUGUCAAAAGCCAUGGAAAUUCUUAGAAAUAACACACAUUUAUCUAUCACUGUGAAAACGAAUUUAUUUGUAUUUAAAGAACUUCUAACAAGAUUGUCAGAAGAGAAAAGAAAUGGUGCGCCCCACCUUCCUAAAAUUGGUGACAUCAAAAAGGCCAGUCGCUACUCCAUUCCAGAUCUUGCUGUAGAUGUAGAACAGGUGAUAGGACUUGAAAAAGUGAACAAAAAAAGUAAAGCCAAUACUGUUGGAGGAAGGAACAAGCUGAAAAAGAUACUCGACAAGACUCGGAUCAGUAUCUUGCCACAGAAACCAUACAAUGAUAUUGGCAUUGGUCAGUCUCAAGAUGACAGCAUAGUAGGAUUAAGGCAGACAAAGCACAUCCCAACUGCAUUGCCUGUCAGUGGAACCUUAUCAUCCAGUAAUCCUGAUUUAUUGCAGUCACAUCAUCGCAUUUUAGACUUCAGUACUACUCCUGACUUGCCAGAUCAAGUGCUAAGGGUUUUUAAGGCUGAUCAGCAAAGCCGCUACAUCAUGAUCAGUAAGGACACUACAGCAAAGGAAGUGGUCAUUCAGGCUAUCAGGGAGUUUGCUGUUACUGCCACCCCAGAUCAAUAUUCACUAUGUGAGGUCUCUGUCACACCUGAGGGAGUAAUCAAACAAAGAAGACUUCCAGAUCAGCUUUCCAAACUUGCUGACAGAAUACAACUGAGUGGAAGGUAUUAUCUGAAAAACAACAUGGAAACAGAAACUCUUUGUUCAGAUGAAGAUGCUCAGGAGUUGUUGAGAGAGAGUCAAAUUUCCCUCCUUCAGCUCAGCACUGUGGAAGUUGCCACACAGCUCUCUAUGCGAAAUUUUGAACUCUUUCGCAACAUUGAACCUACUGAAUAUAUAGAUGAUUUAUUUAAACUCAGAUCAAAAACCAGCUGUGCCAACCUGAAGAGAUUUGAAGAAGUCAUUAACCAGGAAACAUUUUGGGUAGCAUCUGAAAUUCUCAGAGAAACAAACCAGCUGAAGAGGAUGAAGAUCAUUAAGCAUUUCAUCAAGAUAGCACUACACUGUAGGGAAUGCAAGAAUUUUAACUCAAUGUUUGCAAUCAUUAGUGGCCUAAACCUGGCACCAGUGGCAAGACUGCGAACAACCUGGGAGAAACUUCCCAAUAAAUACGAAAAACUAUUUCAAGAUCUCCAAGACCUGUUUGAUCCUUCCAGAAACAUGGCAAAAUAUCGCAAUGUUCUCAAUAGUCAAAACCUACAACCUCCCAUAAUCCCUCUAUUCCCAGUUAUCAAGAAGGAUCUCACCUUCCUUCACGAAGGAAAUGACUCAAAAGUAGACGGGCUGGUCAAUUUUGAGAAGCUAAGGAUGAUUGCAAAAGAAAUUCGUCACGUUGGCCGAAUGGCUUCAGUGAACAUGGACCCUGCCCUCAUGUUCAGGACUCGGAAGAAGAAAUGGCGGAGUUUGGGGUCUCUCAGCCAGGGUAGUACAAACGCAACAGUGCUAGAUGUUGCUCAGACAGGUGGUCAUAAAAAGCGGGUACGUCGUAGUUCCUUUCUCAAUGCCAAAAAGCUUUAUGAAGAUGCCCAAAUGGCUCGAAAAGUGAAGCAGUACCUUUCCAAUUUGGAGCUAGAAAUGGAUGAGGAGAGUCUUCAGACAUUAUCUCUGCAGUGUGAGCCAGCAACCAACACAUUGCCUAAGAAUCCUGGUGACAAAAAGCCUGUCAAAUCCGAGACCUCUCCAGUAGCUCCAAGGGCAGGGUCACAACAGAAAGCUCAGUCCCUGCCACAGCCCCAGCAGCAGCCACCACCAGCACAUAAAAUCAACCAGGGACUGCAGGUUCCCGCCGUGUCCCUUUAUCCUUCACGGAAGAAAGUGCCCGUAAAGGAUCUCCCACCUUUUGGCAUAAACUCUCCCCAAGCUUUAAAGAAAAUUCUUUCUUUGUCUGAAGAAGGAAGUUUGGAACGUCACAAGAAACAAGCUGAAGAUACAAUAUCAAAUGCAUCUUCGCAGCUUUCUUCUCCUCCUACUUCUCCACAGAGUUCUCCAAGGAAAGGUGGCAGUGGCAAUCAGCUGAGAUCUUUUGGCUCCGGGCAGUUGGACUUAACCAGUUCCUCCUCUUCUCUUGGAAGUGAGAACAGUAACAAGAAUAACAAUGCACCACGGACCUAUGGGAUAGGCUAUACUUUGGCUCCCAGUGGUACUGUGGAUAAUUUUUCAGAUUCUGGUCACAGUGAAAUUUCUUCACGAUCCAGUAUUGUCAGCAAUUCGUCUUUUGACUCAAUGCCAGUCUCACUGCACGAUGAGAGGCGCCAGAGGCAUUCUGUCAGCAUCGUGGAAACAAACCUAGGGAUGGGCAGGAUGGAGAGGCGGACCAUGAUGGAACCUGAUCAGUAUAGCUUGGGGUCCUAUGCACCAAUGUCCGAGGGCCGAGGCUUAUAUGCUACAGCUACAGUAAUUUCUUCUCCAAGCACAGAGGAACUUUCCCAGGAUCAGGGGGAUCGCGCGUCACUUGAUGCUGCUGACAGUGGCCGUGGGAGCUGGACGUCAUGCUCAAGUGGCUCCCAUGAUAAUAUACAGACGAUCCAGCACCAGAGAAGCUGGGAGACUCUUCCAUUCGGGCAUACUCACUUUGAUUAUUCAGGGGAUCCUGCAGGUUUAUGGGCAUCAAGCAGCCAUAUGGACCAAAUUAUGUUUUCUGAUCAUAGCACAAAGUAUAACAGGCAAAAUCAAAGUAGAGAGAGCCUUGAACAAGCCCAGUCCCGAGCAAGUUGGGCGUCUUCCACAGGUUACUGGGGAGAAGACUCAGAAGGUGACACAGGCACAAUAAAGCGGAGGGGUGGAAAGGACGUUUCCAUUGAAGCCGAAAGCAGUAGCCUAACGUCUGUGACCACAGAAGAAACCAAGCCUGUCCCCAUGCCUGCCCACAUAGCUGUGGCAUCAAGUACUACAAAGGGGCUCAUUGCGCGAAAGGAGGGCAGGUAUCGAGAGCCCCCGCCCACCCCUCCCGGCUACAUUGGAAUUCCCAUUACUGACUUUCCAGAAGGGCACUCCCAUCCAGCCAGGAAACCGCCGGACUACAACGUGGCCCUUCAGAGAUCGCGGAUGGUCGCACGAUCCUCCGACACAGCUGGGCCUUCAUCCGUACAGCAGCCACAUGGGCAUCCCACCAGCAGCAGGCCUGUGAACAAACCUCAGUGGCAUAAACCGAACGAGUCUGACCCGCGCCUCGCCCCUUAUCAGUCCCAAGGGUUUUCCACCGAGGAGGAUGAAGAUGAACAAGUUUCUGCUGUUUGAGGCACAGGCUUUUCUGGAAGCAGAGCGAGCCGCCUGAAAGGAGAGCACAAGAAGACGUCCCGAGCAUUGGAGCCUUGGAACUCACAUUCUGAGGAUGGUGGACCAGUUUGCCUCCUUCCCUGCCUUAAAAGCAGCAUGGGGCUUCUUCUCCCCUUCUUCCUUUCCCCUUUGCAUGUGAAAUACUGUGAAGAAAUUGCCCUGGCACUUUUCAGACUUUGUUGCUUGAAAUGCACAGUGCAGCAAUCUUCGAGCUCCCACUGUUGCUGCCUGCCACAUCACACGGUAUCAUUCCAAAUUCCAAGAUCAUCACAACAAGAUGAUUCACUCUGGCUGCACUUCUCAAUGCCUGGAAGGAUUUUUUUUAAUCUUCCUUUUAGAUUUCAGUCCAGUCCUAGCACUUGAUCUCAUUGGGAUAAUGAGAAAAGCUAGCCAUUGAACUACUUGGGGCCUUUAACCCACCAAGGAAGACAAAGAAAAGCAAUUAAAUCAUUUGAGUACAGUGCUUGUCCACUUGUUUACAAUGUCCUCCUUUUUAAAAAAAAAAAAAAAUGAGUUUAAAGAUUUUGUUCAGAGAGUAAAUGUAUAUCCAUUUAAUGAUUACAGUAUUAUUUUAAACCUUACGUAGGGUUGCCAGCCUGGUUUCUGAAAAACCAAAUAUGCCGGACAGGGUGUGGCCACACCAAGAAGACGGGAAGACCUGGCUUGUGACCCUGGCUUCCCAUGUCCUUCUGGUCUCACCCACGAAGUGCCCUAUCCUGGAAGUAUGAAAUGUUAGCCAAUUAAUACCAAGACACCUCAUCUGCUCCUUCCCCAGUGGAUGGGGUUCUGUAAAACUGUUUGCACAUGGCCAGGGGAGGGAACUAGGACCCUUGUGUCCUGUCUGAGCCUUAUGGAGGCAGGACGGUGUCAUUGGUGGAUGUGUCCUGCUCCAUUGAGA